ACGAAAUAGAAAAAACUCGAGGUCGAGGGGAGGAGUCAAGAUUCAACUGCGUCGUCCACUACCUCCGUUGCCCUUCUCCCCCAACUUGUUAGGGUUUCGAGUGCUGCACUUUUCCUUCAGUUCUUUGCGUCCAAUGUUCAAUCCCCAAAUUAAUACCUUUUUCUGAUCCAAACUGGUUUGCUUCAAAUGGUAUUUGUCUGAAUCCAACAAUUCAAUUGUAGGCAAACCUAGUUCUUACGUAACAAGGGCAACAUAUAUACAAUAACUACAGCAACCCGUACAGCACCCAAAGGAAUGGAAUCUGUGUGGACAAUGAUUGAUCUUUUUGUGAUCUUAUUUCUGAUUGCAAUAGUAGGAUUUGCCUCUGCAAUAAUCUUUGAAGCAUAUAGAAGAAGAAAUAACCAUGAGCAUGUUGAAGGUGCGGCCAUUUUUGAGGAUCCUAAUUCAUUGAAACAGGUUCCUUGCCCACACAUUGUUGAUCCAGCUACAAAGUAUAUGUCUUUAAUAAUUCCUGCAUUUAAUGAGGAGCAUAGGCUUCCUGGAGCUCUUGAUGAAGCUAUGAAUUAUCUUCAACAGCGUGCCUCAAAGGAUCCUUCAUUUUCAUAUGAGGUUUUGAUUAUUGAUGAUGGAAGUGCUGAUGGGACUAAAAGAGUAGCAUUUGAUUUUGUGAGGAAAUAUACAGUGGACAAUGUGAGGGUUAUUCUUCUUGAAAAUCAUGGCAAGGGAGAAGCAAUCAGAAAAGGAAUGCUUCAUUCACGUGGUGAAUUACUUCUGAUGCUGGAUGCUGAUGGAGCAACUAAAGUCACUGACCUAGAAAAGCUUGAAAAUCGGAUCCAAGCUGUUGCAAAACAAGAGUUUAAGAGUGGAGAUUCAGCCACUAGUGAUUUGAGCUUUAGAAUAUCUGAUGUCCCUGUCGCUGCUUUUGGUUCAAGGGCUCAUCUGGAGGAGAAGGCUUUGGCUACAAGGAAGUGGUAUCGUAAUUUUUUGAUGAAGGGUUUCCAUCUUGUGGUUCUCCUGGCUGCUGGUCCUGGAAUUCGUGACACUCAGUGUGGUUUCAAGAUGUUUACUAGGGCUGCAGCUAGAAAGCUUUUCACAAAUGUGCGCUUAAGGAGGUGGUGCUUUGAUGUUGAAUUAGUCUACCUAUGCAAAUGGUUUGGGAUCCCAGUUUCGGAAAUUUCUGUGAAUUGGUCUGAGAUUCGAUCCAAAGUGAAUCUCCUGAGUAUUCCUAACAUGCUUUGGGAGCUUCUGUUCAUGUCUAUGGGAUACAGGUCUGGUAUGUGGAGAAUUUCUGCAUGAGCUUUUAUGCUGUACAUAACGGUAAUUUCCACAUCAGAUAUAGAAAUGCUAAAAUUAUCAGGAAAACCUAGAUUUUAUUCACGCUCCUUAAGUCAUUUUAAGACUUUUUGGGGGCAAGAAUUAUAUUUAAAUGUUUGUAGGGGAAACCGUAUAGCCUUUAAGACUUUUUGUUGGGCAUAAGGUCUCUAGAAUUUUUCCGGCGGUUGCUAUUUUCAUCUCUGAACGAGUAGAAAAUUUGACCUGUUCAUAA